UUGUUGUGUGGCAACCGUGAUCCGAAAAUGUAAUUACCGUAAUGUAAAGUAUCAGCUGAAAAUGUAUCCUUUUACACUUUUUUUUCUGUGUUUUACAUCCUAAAUCACUGAUCAAUAUACCAUUGCUUCUCGUUGCAGGUCGGAAUGGUGGCAAAGCUCAAAAAGAAAUGGCAAAUGCGGCUGCAAUAACAGCUAAAGCGGAUGUUGAUAGGGACGUUGGAGGAAAUAUAAGCGCUACCACAUCGGCUGUAGCAUCACCGACGGAUGCCAGUACAACGUCGACAAAUGCAUCCACACCGAUAUCGACAUCAAAUCCGAACGCUAGUGCCAGUCAAAAUGCUCUUAAUGAUCCCAAUCACUGGAGCAAGCAAGAAAAAUUUGAUGCGGAUACGUUUUUGGAAUGUGCUUACAAAAAGCAUUUGAGCAGACACGCGAAUAAAGUACUUCUGCGCGUACGUAUGCUGUAUUACAUUCAACA